GGCCGGGCCGGGCCAGCUGCCGCGGCGCGGGGCUCGCCUGGAAUGCGGGCGCCGGGCGCGCGUCGCGACUUUUAUGGAAAGUUGCAGCGGCGGAGCGGCGGCCGCAGCCAAGGGGCGCUCGGCAGCGCAGCCCGCCCGCCGCCGGAGCGCCCCGAGCCGCAGCGCGGGCAGCGCACAGAAACUGAAAGCCAUCUUAAACAUACCAGGUGCAGAGCACAAUACAGUAACCAUGAAUGACAUUGCACAGAAAACUGAGAUUCUGCUUUCUUCAUCUAAACCCGUCCAAAAGUCCUAUGUGCCCAAGCUUCACAAGGGUGAUGUAAAGGAUAAAUUUGAAGCAAUGCAGAAAGCAAGGGAAGAAAGAAAUCAAAGGAGAUCUAGAGAUGAAAAGCAAAGAAGAAAAGAACAAUAUGUUAGAGAGAGAGAAUGGAACAGGAGAAAGCAGGAGAUGAAAGAACUGCUUGGAUCUGAUGAAGAUGAUGAGACCAAACUAUCUAAAACAGAAAAGGGUUAUGUUCCAAAGCUCAUAGGAACUGUUAAAGGCAAGUUUGCAGAAAUGGAGAAGCAAAGGCAAGAAGAAGAAAGAAAAAGAACGGAAGAAGAAAGAAAGCGCAGAAUUGAACAAGAUAUGAUUGAGAAAAGAAAAAUUCAAAGAGAAUUGGCAAAAAAGGCACAGGAGAUUGAUGACUUUAACAAUACGGGAACUGAAUCAGCAGCUGAGGAAGGGGAUGAAUCACUGCUAGUUACAGUAGUGCCUGUAAAAAGCACCAGGACAUCUGGGAAGAUGAAAAUAAACUCUGAGAACACAGGAAAAGAGAGAGCAGAACAAGGAAAGACACAGGAUGAAGAAAUGGCGCUAAAAGAUGAGAAACAAAACCAACUCCUUAAGGAACCCAAGUGCCUUUCAUUAGUCCAGGGUGAAAAUGAAAACAGUGAAACUCAAGAUCCUCUGUCUCCUGGUAAGCUGAAAGUGACAUUUGAAGAGCUGGAAAGACAAAGACAGGAGAACCAAAGGCGGCAAGCAGAGGAAGAAGCGAGGCAGCGCUUGGAGGAGGAAAAACGUGCCUUUGAAGCAGCCAGGCAGAGAAUGAUAAAUGAAGGUGGUGAUGAAGAAUCUGAAAAUGCUGUUAAAGAAUUCCGCCCUGGUAAACUCAGACUCAGUUUUGAGGAGAUAGAAAGACAGAGGAGAGAAGAGGAAAAGAGGAAAGCAGAAGAGGAUGCACGACGACGCAUAGAAGAGGAGAAAAGAGCAUUUGCUGAAGCAAGGAAGAAUAUGGUGCUGGAUGAUGAAUCACCAGAAAUGUUUAAAACCUUUUCUCAAGAAUCUCUCAUACCUGGUAAACUGGAAAUUAAUUUUGAGGAGUUGCUGAAACAAAAAAUGGAGGAGGAAAAGAGGCGCACAGAAGAAGAGCGUAGGCAAAAGUUGGAAAUGGAAAGGCAAGAAUUUAAACAGCUGAGACAAGAAAUGGGACAGCUGGAAGAAGAGGCUGAAACUUUUGAGUUAAGCAAAGAAUAUGAAGAAUUGAUGAAGCUAAAAAGAAGUGGUUCUAUCCAGGCAAAGAACUUAAAAAGCAAGUUUGAAAAAAUAGGACAACUGUCUCAAGAAGAAAUACAGAAGAAGAUUGAAGAAGAGCGGGCAAAGAGAAGAGCCAUGGAUAAAGAAAUCAGAGAAAGGGAAGCUGAAAAAUUUCAUGAGGAUGAUGAUGUAGAUGUGACACCAGCCAUGAAAUCUGAGGCUCCAUUUACUCACAAAGUGAACAUGAAGGCUCGUUUUGAGCAAAUGGCAAGAGCCAGAGAAGAAGAGGAGCAGAGGAGGAUUGAGGAGCAGAAAUUGCUACGCAUGCAGUUUGAGCAAAAAGAAAUCGAUGCAGCAUUACAAAAGAAAAGGGAAGAGGAAGAAGAAGAAGAGGGAAGCAUUAUUAAUGGUUCUACUUGUGAAGAUGAGGAUCAGGCUCGAUCUGGAGCUCCCUGGUUCAAGAAGUCACUGAAAAACACAUCAGUUGUUGAUGGCGAGCCAGUGAGAUUUACAGUUAAAAUUACUGGAGAACCAAAACCUGAAGUUACAUGGUGGUUUGAAGGGGAAAUGUUGCAGGACUCUGAGGACUAUCAAUACAUUGAAAGAGGAGAAACCUACUGCCUUUACUUGCCAGAAACCUUCCCAGAAGAUGAAGGGGAAUAUAUGUGUAAAGCAGUCAACAAUAGAGGCUCAGCUGCUAGCACCUGUAUUCUCACCAUUGAAAGUAAGAGCUAGCAUUUUAAUUUGCUUAUAUCUCAGUCUUAUUAUCUGUCCUGUUAUGAAAAUCUAAUUUCCUCUCUCUCUUAACCCUCUUUCUGUUUUCUAGCUGAUGACUACUAAUGCUCUACUUUAGCUGGAAUCUUUCUUCCCCUCAACUUUCUUACUGCAUCAUCUCUUUCUCUGAUGGGGCCAACUAAAGAAAGCAAGGAUGUGCAUUAAUUUGUCAUUCCUGCAUCAGAUAAGAAUAUACCCUUCAAAUUGUGAGAAUUCCCUACUCAAUGCAAAAACUAGUAUCAAAGGCUGAAACUAAAAGGAAUCAAUGUAUGAAAGAUCAACUGAAGGAAAAAGCUGAAUUAUCACAGUGCUCCAGCAUUUGAAGACCAACUCUUGUGUAAGAGAAUAAAGCUGAAUACACGAUCUGGAACUUGUGUAGUAGUGUAAAUCUGUUGGUGUAUCCUGCAUGAGCACUGAAUAUUUAAGCUGUUUUACCUUAUCCCAGAGGCACUGAACUGGCAAAGGAAAUACUUCCUGAUGAUUUUCAAAAACCCAAGUGUACUAUUUUUAAAGAAUAAAAGAUGACCUAAGUGCUCACCAUUGCUUGAAGCA